GAUCCAAAGUUUCUGGCGGAGCCACUGACGUAACAUCAACAGUGCCUUCUAGCGAUGCAAGCAUGGCCACGACGGUUCCGACCAGAGCCCCUUCAUCUGACGCUCCGAACUCGGCAGCAGCAGGAGUAGCGGCCACGACCGCCAGUUCAUUCCCAACACCGGCGAAAGUUGGGUCUGCGACGCCAGCGACUGGCAUAUCAGCUGCGCCGAUAUUAACAGUUAGUACUACAUCGGUUGCACCAGGAGCGGUCAUCCCCAUGAUCAUCACUACCACAACUACAACUAGCGGCGCGACUUCCCCUAGCUUAGUUUCUACUUCAUCCCCACAAAGUGACACUGUGUCAACAUCAGUGUCUACUGUGUCAGGUACCACGACAACAACAACAACGACGACGACGGAGGCUGUGCCUGUGGCCCUUGAUCAGGCUGCAGGACUUCUGAAGCCCAGCCACGACGCUGGCGUGCGAGUCGAAGACUUGGAUCCAGCAUCGUUGUCUCUGGAGGAGCUUACUGAAGGCGCUAAGCCUCCUCGCGCUGCAGCAACUGAUGAUACCGGGAGUUCGCAGCUGCUUGUUGAUCUAGGACCAGGUGAGGCGUCGAUUCAAGGUCAACGAGGACGUCGGUCGCAAAAAUCCGCAACGGGGGUGGUCCCACGAAGCAGGCGACUGGAGAAAGCGGGGAUUUCGCAACAUUUGCCACAGGUUCAGUUUUCGCAAUUUACAUCUCAUUUGUUCCUAUCUCCGACACUGCAGCUUUCGCGCUCAAUGCUGACGCUUCUACGCACAUGCGUCUCGAAAUGUAGCACGUCGCCUCUGGAUAUGUCACCCUCAGCUGCGUUGACGUUCGAUGUCUCCAAAAUUGGACAGGGGGACGCGUUGCAGCGCGAACGUGAUGCGUGGCAUAGCUACUUCCUGCCUUCGGUGUACUCGGGACCUGGGAACACGUACCGUGCUGUGGUUCAGCAGAGCAAGGGUUUAAACAUGGCGGUUGACAUCAAGAUUCGGGGCCAGUCUCUGCAAUGGUAUGGAGAGUAUGCGUCUCUGUGGCAAAAGCAGCGUUAUGUGGACGUGGUUCUUCUCAACGAAGGAUGGGACGCUGGGGCCGCGCCAUGGGUAUUCCCCGACCUGGGUUUAGGAGACGCUGCUUCUUCACCGCGUAGAAUUCUUGCAUCGAUACCAACAGCGAAUGACGCGCCUCCUGUGACGCGAAUGCUCAGUGCCGAUACGGAGAUGACGAGUGGAGACAGCACAGCACAAGAUCGUCUUGCGCCUAAAGUAAGAGGACAGAGCAUCGGUACAGGCGGGGAAGCCGCAGAGACGGUCACUAAGGUGGGUAAGUUCAAAGGUGAGCCCGCUGCUAGUGUUGGCGAGCAUGGUGCGCCGGCCGUUAGCCCGGACUCGAGUGUUGCAGCAAGCGAAGCUGCUGGGAGCACCUCUCCUCCGGCUUCACCUGUAAUUCCAGCCGCAGAGGAAGCUGCUGUAUUACAGGACCACACGACCUUUACCUCGACUCUGCAGCCAUCAACGGUGGCGGCCCAGGAAGUCUCGACUGCGACGACGUCGAGAACUGCCACGUCUGCGUCUACUCUCGCAACUGCAUCAACUACGACAACUGCUGCUCCCCUUGGGGUCCACAGCAGUGACAGAGAAAAAGCUGUGAGCUACCUCUCUGGUGAGUCAGCUGCGGCGCAAGAGAUGGACACUGAAAAGCCAAAAUCUGCCGCGGAGAAAGUUUCCCAAAGCGUGCAGUCGGUUUUGUCAGCGGUCGUAAACGCGGCGGUUGGCAGUAACGACCACAAAUCCGAGGCAACAAGCACACAAGGACGCGGAUCUGGCACCACCAGUUUGCUUAGCGCGUUCCCAUUUCUUGGAUUGUGGGUGAGCCCCAGCGGCGAUAGUGCCGAUGUGCUUCGUCCUGCUCCAGACCAAAGUGCACGAGUGAAGCUGGCUCUCGGCAGCGGGCGGUACCGUUCCGACACGCGGUUUCCGGGGAGGCAGCGACUGCGGUUGGAUCGCGAGUUUGUCGGAACGUUACUGGCGGCAAAACAGGGUUUAUGGCGCGCUAAAUUCCUGGCGAUUGACGGAGUUGGCGACUUUUACGACGGACACGCAGAUUGUGGUGGAUUUUUCGCGAUAGAAGACAACGAUCGCAAUGUGCAGCUCGACGGAUCGGGUACAAAAAAUGCGGUAGCAGACCCGAUUCGCAGUGGCGCUCGCGGACGUAGUAGCGCCUUCAGGGUGGGGGCGCAGCAGCUGCGCCGGCAGCGGAGUGGACGGUUGCAAGGGCAUCCGGAAACUGCGAGCAACUCUCGCAGAGAGCGGACGGUUGAGGCUGCCAACGGUGUUGGAACAACGGAAGGAGGCCCUGAUUCCAGUUCCUCGUGGUUUUCUUGGCUCUUUGGUUCCAAUCGCCGCUCUUCCUGGUGGGGCGCGAACGAGGUCGUCGACGAGCGUUCGCAAACAACAAACAAAAAGAGUCUGCGGAACCCACGCCUCCAUGCUGCUCAAGCGUAUGCUGCGUGGCUCGGACCAGACUCACUUUUUUAAGGCUCAGUCUUUAGUACGAUUUACUCUUUGGCGCAUUUUUCGUGCGCCAUACAAUUUGUCAAAUUCCAAAUAUUGUCAAAUUCCAACGCUUUUCAAUUUUGGGCAGCCAUUUUGAUCUUGCGCGAUCGGUAUGUAUCAGAAAUGUGGCAUUCUCAGUGCUAAUCUGCGCUUUCGCCGGAGUCUGGACGGCACUACGCAUACCAAAGCUCGACUCUUUCAGCCGGUACUACCCGGGAUCUCAAUGUGCUACUAGCGGUAGCUGAAACGCUCGUAAAAGAGCCGGCUCGUAAAGCUUCAUCUUCGAAAAAUUCAGACGCGGACGAGCACAACAAGGACGCUAGUAAAGAGAAAGGAGGCAGUACGUGGGAACCAACCCAGGGUGGGCCUAAUUUUGUCGCUUCAGCUAUUGCGUCUGACUUUGUUCUGUCCAGGGGAGCGGAUGCUAAUCCGCGCGAGAUUAGAAGAAGAGCUCUCGAAAGCGCUAGCACCACCACUUCUGAUUUGCGUUUAGAAGGUGCUGCGAAUAAGAAUAAUGUGACAACUGCAAGCAUGUGGCUCUCCAAAUCAGCAAGUAUCGACCGACACCUCGCACUUUCGGAAUCGACUGCACAGAGGGUAGAGGCGCAGGAGGGUGAGCAUCUUCGAGCUGUGUCUACCGGUACUGUCCAUCGCGGCACUGCUAAGAUAGCUGGACCAGCUGCUAUAUCCUUUGAGAGUGGGUCCUAUUGCAGUCCAUUUUUUGUGGAGUUCUUUCAUUCUGUGAGUUGCGGAGGCUCGGUUGGUUCAUCCGCGGACUUCACACUAUAUCUGCGCGCAAAGGAGCAAGCUUUCUGGGCGUGGGGCCAAAACUUGAACAUCCGAAGCGGAGAGGAAGCCGAAGAGGAAAAUGCGGAAGAGGCAAAUACGGAAUUCGAAGAAGGUCAGCAAACACCCGAAGUAUUACAUUCAUCCAGCAGCGCGUAUGGACAACAGCGAAGUUCGAAAACACAUGAUCUCGAGCCAGCUGUUGACCACGGUGCCAAUUUCGUGGGACCCGCAACGGUGGGAAAAGGCAGUCCGAGUGACACCGGACAAACUCUUCGGAGAAUACUUGCUUCUACAGUGGGAGAAACAUCUUCAAGUGGUCGCCGCCAAGUACCGAACGUGAUACCUGAUCAAUCGGAUGAUGGUGUGGCUGUCCCCACUCACGGGGAAUCUGAUGCGCAUCUUUCUCCCGCAGACAUUGUAACCUCCCUUGAAGGGACCACGACGCAAUCAGUGACGAAAAACAAAUUGUCUAAUGCAGAGCGAGCAGAGCUACGACAAGAACUUGUGACAUUUCGAGACUACCGUUUGUGGCGUAAGCUUGCAAGAGGCCCCCUCUUUCCCCUGAAUGCGAUUUCGCGUGCUUUUUCUCUGCUGACUGCAUUUGAUGAACUAGCCAGUCCGUCACGAGCCACGCGACGAUCUUCAGGUGAUGCGGUCCCAGACGAGGAUGGAGGAGUAACAAGUAACUUCAAAGUCACGGAAAUUCCUUUCGAAAGUCGUCCUCGAGCCACGUCCACUUCGGCAUUCUCGACUUUCGAAACUGCGCAGUUACGAGAUUUCAUUCUUCAGCUCAGAUAUUUUGUUUUUCAAGGCGCUGGAUUGCAGCAAAUGAUGUCAUCCUCCGUUGAAGAUGCUUUCUCCCAUGUAGCGGGAGCUAUUAGUACGGGAAGAAUUUUAGCCCGAGAAUCGUGGCAGCAAGACCUUCUGGUGCCGCACAUUGAACAGGCAUUGAACUUUACGGCUUGCCCUUAUCUGUCAUCUGCGGUAUCCUGAAGAGACUUGCCUUUCAAGGCGAAAAAGCAUCCAGAAUGCGCCUCAAAAUGGAUAGGGGUGAGGUCUAAGAACUACACGAGGGCGGUCGAAGAUCUCUUUUUAGACGCCCACUGGAUCGAAAAUCGAGAUCCUCGCUGGAGUGUGUACGGAACGGCAGCUUUCCAGGUCCUUCGGUGUCCCUGUCACACAGGCCUCCUAAAUUGGCGGAAUCCGCUGAAUCGUACCGAAACUACAUUAGGGGUACCGAACCCACUUACAUUACAUGUUUAUAAGUUGUUUUUCGUAACGGAUAAUGCUGCGCUGAAUCGUACUGAAACUACAUCAAGACUCGUCACAUCGUUUCUUCUAAGUUGGUGUUCUCAACAAUGGAUAAUGCUGCUUGUUGUUAAGCAACGAUUUUUUGCGCUGUGUAAAACUGACAGUAUAGAGCUUCGCAGUGACGCUUGGGCUUCCCUUCACGAGUAUCCUAGGUUCAUACGAUGA